AUGUUGAAGCUGAUCAGGCUUGAGGAGACAGUGUGGGAGAUCGCUGCCAACGGUGGCGAGGAUGGCUACGACCUGUUGCUCAGCCCACCUUUUCCUUCGGUGGAGAUCGUCCGCCUUCGCCAGCAACGGCGUGAGGGCUCUACUGGCAUCGUGAACGAGCGUGGCGAGCGCCUCUACGGAGAAGAGUCCUGGUUCACCUUUGACAACCGCCGGCUGUACUGCCUUCAGCGGGCAGCGCUCCUGCAUUGGCCACGAAGAACAGCGAUUGUCGCCAAGGUUCUCUUCGACAUGCCAGAUGUCCGCAGCGCGCGGCACAAGUUUCGUAGCACCAGUGACGGUCGCUCCAUCAAAGUCUCGCGAAACGAUGGCUCCCUUCACUUCACGUGGUGUUGGGAGGAGGCCCUGCCCGAGGGAGCCUCAUUGGGAGAUAUCCAGGCUGCUCGGGCAGAUGCCUGCAAGCGCGACAAGGAGGAGCUCCUUGAGCCUUUGGCGACCCGGCGGGACAAGGCGGCGACAAUUGCUGAACGCUUCGGUCUGGGCACCGCGUCUGCGAGUUCCGGAGGAGGCACGGCGAUCGAAAGCGCGGGCUCAUCGCGAAGCCAGCGUGUGCAGGACAAUGGCGCUGGCAAGCAGCUUCUCAGUCUCCUGCGAGGAGGAUCCGUCCCCUUCCCGCCUGCGGAUGAGGCCAGCGAGUGGUGGCCAGAUUCUGCUUGGGAGUCGUGGCAGGGUUGGGACAGCAACUGGUGGGCAUAUUCCCAGGCAGAUGCCCGACCUGCUCAACGAGGAUCAGGAGGCUACAGAAGUCGCGGAAAGAAGGCGUGGUGA